GUCAGGAGACUUGUCAUAUGCAGACAAUGUCAUCCACACCAAGCUCAUCUUCAGAUUCGGUUCUGAGAUACCCUCCAACAAGAACAUUUUCGGAAUUUUAACCUUAAAUUAGUAAACUGCCAGAGAAAAAGUGAGACUUUCUUCGGUCUUGGGUUUAUAUCGGUUGAUGCGAAAGCUCUCGUCUUGAAGCUUCGGUUUUUACCCCCACAAGUCUCGUCUUGGAGCCAUGACAUUUAGGAUUUGUGAUGAAUAUAAUUCUCAGACAACAAACUGGGUUCUAGAUUUGUUUAUGCUAGCUUUUCCCUUGUUUUGGUGCUUUGGCUCUGUUCUCAUUUCUCAUCUCCCUCUGUUUCUAUCAGUUUCUGGUCUCUCCCUUUCUCCCUCUCUCUUCUUUAAAACUUUAAAUUGGUUCUUGCUUCCUUAGAAAAUCCUUUGACAAACGAAAGAAAAUGACGAGAAAAUGAAGCGCCUAAACCCGGAAUUUUUUCGAAGAAGAGCCCUAUAUAUUAAUAACGUAAAUGCCCUUCGAUAAACGUAUUUAUUUAUAGUCUCGAAUGUUGUUUCAUUUCGUCCUAUAUUUACUGUUGUCCUGAAAAGUUUUGUUUUCUUAAAAUCCCGCUCUAAAAUUAUCAUGGCGCCAAAGAGAGCACCGCCGAUUCAAUCUACUCUCUACUCUAUCGGUGAUUACGAGGUCGCUGUGGAUGGUAAGAAGUUUACAUGUGAAUCCGGACCUAAAAGCAUUCAGAUCAACUUUUCCAGAAACAACAGAGUGAAAAUCUCAGAGAAGGAUAGAAUCGUUUCUGCUUAUCCGAAAGAACACAUGUUUCUUCUUCUUAAUCCUCGAGAUGAAGAUGAUUUUACCAAAUCUCAUCUUCAGGAAGUGCUCAAGUUAUAUAGUAAAGAGCUACCUGACAUGAAAUACGCUUCAAACACUGGGAAGCAAUCUGCAUUCCUUGAGACAUGCGUCUCCAAAGGCAAGUAUUGUUCGUUGGUUUUGAAGUCCACGCUUAGCGGAGUCUCAGAUGAGGUAAACAAGAUCUUAGCUGCAAUCACCUAUCAAAUAGUCCCUGCUGAUACACAGUAUGCUGAGAUACCUCUUGCUGCUGUAACAUAUACACACCAGAAAAAGGGUUUUGGUAAACUCGUCUAUGAAGAACUAAUGAAGAGGCUUCAUAGUGUUGGCAUUCGAACUAUAUACUGUUGGGCAGACAAAGAAUCUGAAGGAUUCUGGCUUAAACAGGGAUUUAUAACACUAGCAGAGGUAGACCAGAAAGGCAAAGCAAGGAGGUUACACAUAAAGUCUAAUAUUCGAAAAGCAUUGUGUUUUCCCGGCGGUUCAACUCUCAUGGUCUCUCAUCUGAAUAAGGAAUCUUCUCUGAAUCUUGCAAACCUAGAGAUUGCUUCUUCACGGAAAUACCAGUGUCAGGGAUCUCCACUCUCAGCCACAAAUAAUUGCUCAGGUCCUGUGGCUGGAGAUUCAGCUAAACUUGGUGAGAGUUUUAGUGAAAGCGUAUAUGUUGACUGUCUCUCUGGUAGCAGAAGUCUAAUGGAGUCGAUAACAGGAAAGGAACAAAAUAACGUGAUCUCUGAUCAAGCUACCACAGCUGACAGUGAGACCAAAUGCUCCACACCGGGCUUGAAGAGAUCUUGGGAAGCUUCACUGUCUUCUCUACAAUCCAAAAGGGUUAGGGCAAACCGCAAUAAUGAGACUGAGAUAGCUAAAAAUGAUUUGGCCAUAAACUCUGCAAGAGAGCAGAAGCAAUCGAAAGACGGUUCUUCCUCACAAGUGGAUUUAACCAAGAAUCCUCUGCCCAAAAGAAACAAUGGUGAAGAAUACAGAACGGUGACUGGGAUGUCUGACUCUCUGAUCAACAUGGAAGCUCCUCCAAAUGGACAAAACUAUAGAAUCUUGUUGAUGGACAUUGGGGAUGAAAACAAGAGAGCCUGGUUAACAGAGGUAAUAAGAAAACUAGGUGGGGAUGUGACCUUGGAUGGCAACAUGAGCACACAUAUUGUCACCGGAAAAGUCAGGAAAACGCUUAAUUUCUGCACUGCUCUUUGCUCUGGGGCUUGGAUCGUAUCACCAAGUUGGUUAAAAGAAAGCUUUCGACAAGGCAGAUUUGCUAAUGAAGCUUCGCACAUAUUGCACGAUGAAGAAUACCAGUUGAAAUAUGAAACCGAUCUGAAGAGCACAGUUCUUAGAGCAAAAGCUAGACCAAACUCGUUGCUUCAAGGAUAUGACAUAUGCGUUGGACCUCACGUUCAGUUGCCUAUUAAAACUUCAUCCGCUAUCAUAAAAUCUGCUGGUGGAAAUGUGAUUAGAGGAGUGGAUAAGGUAAAGGAGACAUCAAAAGCGAUAUACAUAGGGUGCGAAGAAGACACAGUGGAGGCUUUACGUGCAGCAAAGAAAAGGGUUUGGACAUUCAGUAGCGAAUGGUUAAUGAACUGUGUCAUGAAGCAACAACUUGACCUUCAAGUUUCUCAGUUUGUUGAGUCCUUGUGAUUCGAACUCGAGACCUCUCUCUUUUUAGCCUGAAAAUUUUCACUACCUAUCUUUUGCUCUUUUGUCUUUGGGUUUACAUGGAAAUCCACAGACUUUUGUCGAACCUGAGUGGCUAGCUAGGCUACUAAGCUCAAGUCGCCAAUCUAUUUAUGUAUAAAAAUAAAAUUCCGUGUUAUUUUUU